UAUUAUUAUUAUUUUUAGUUUUAUUGAUCAUAUACUUGAGUUUGUCUCAUCCUCUAUCACUGGUAAUCAAUUUGGAUUUCUCAAGCAUCGUUCUACUGUACAACAGUUACUCCUCUUUCUUGAUCAUCUCCUACAGUCAAAAAGCACUCAUACUCAAUUUGAUUCUAUCAAUUUAGACUUCAGUAAAGCCUUCGACAAAGUCCCACAUAAUCUUCUGCUGUUGAAGCUACGUUCAUUAGGUAUUAGUGGUAAUUUGUGGCAGCUAUUGCAUCAUUAUCUUAGUGAUAGAUCUCAUUGUGUGGCUAUCAAUAACACUUUAUCUCCUACACUACCAGUUCUAUCAGGAGUACCUCAGGGGAGUAUAUUAGGCCCUUUACUCUUCAUAAUAUAUGUUAAUGAUUUACAUUCAUUGCAAAUUUAUUCUCGCCUGCUUAUGUUUGCAGAUGACACUAAGUGUCUUAAGUCUGUCUCUUCUCCAUCUGACACAGUACAGAUUCAACGUGAUCUAAAUGAGUUAUCACAAUGGAGUAAUACUUGGUGUCUACCAUUUAAUGUAACUAAAUGUUCAGUCAUACAUUUCUUUUCUACUUCCUCUCUUCUUUCCCCAACAUAUUAUCUAAACUGCUCUCCUGUCUCUACAGUUGUGUCCCAAAAGGAUUUAGGGGUUCCAUUCUCGGAAGAUCUGUCAUGGUCUUCUCAUUACAAGCAGUUAGCUGCUACAGCAUAUAAAACACUAGGUCUUCUACGGAGAACUUUUAGUUCUGCUGUUGAUAUACCUACUAGGAAGUUGCUAUAUACAUCUUUAAUUAGAUCAAAGCUAACAUAUGCUUCUACUGUCUGGCGUCCUCAUUUUUUAAAGGACAUUUUAUUUCUAGAAAGAAUACAACGUCGAGCUACUAAGUUCAUUUUAAACGAUUACCAUUCUGAUUACAAAACUAGACUCAUUAAAUUAAAUAUGUUACCCCUCAUGAUGACAUUUGAACUAGCUGAUAUUUCCUUUUUUCUAAAUAAUUUUCACUUCUCUGAUUCACCUUCUAACUUUAAUGCUUCAAAUUAUUUCUCUUUUUCGUCUACCUCUACUCGAUCAUCUACAUUUCACAAGUUAUCUUUUAAUUUUACUUCUCAUCACUCCUCACAUCACACUUUUUUCACCCUCUUCCCUCUUUUAUGGAAUUCUCUUCCACCUGUAAAAAUCUCUCUAUCUAAAAAAACUAUUAAAUUACACGUAAAGAAAACUUUUUGGAAUCACUUUAUUGUUCGUUUUUACCCUAAUAAUGUUUGUUCUUAUCACUAUGUAUGUCCUUGCUUUUCUUGUGCCAAUCUUCCUGUAAACUCUAUGUAUUCCUGAUUUGUUUAUGUUAGUAGUUAUUUCAUUUUAUUUUUAUUUUUAUUAUUUCCUUAUUUACUAUUCUUAUUUUCUCUUUUUUUUCUCUCUCUCUAUCUGUUUAAUCUUUUUUUGUUUGGCGGUCAGCUCAGGAAGCUGGCUGUCCAUCUGUAUACAUUUGU